AAAUUUUAAAAUUUAAGUUAAUUAUUUUGAAAACUAUUCCUAUCCUACUAUUUAUAAUUCACAGUUGAGCUGCUUGACCAGCCUGUUUCAUCUAUCUUGUGUGUUUGGCUUCUACAUCACCAUACUUGUGAACUGAAAAGUGAAAAUGGGCGAAGAGGGUGAGAAAGCAGAGAAUGGAAAACUUGUGGUGAAUGAACAGGGGAACUUGACAACAGCCACCAGUGACGAAAAUCUCAAGGACAUAUUUCACAGUAUCAGAAUGAAAAAAACUCCGGCUGUAAUAAAUUAUGGAGCUUCCUGGUGCCGUGUCUGCAACCAGAUCCUUCCUUCAUUUCAGGAGCUGAGCAAAAAGUUCCCAAAACUCUCAUUCGUCUAUGCUGAUAUUGAUGAAUGUCCAGAGACAACUCAGAACAUUCGCUACACACCAACUUUUCAUUUCUACCGAGAUGGUGAGAGGGUUGAUGAAAUGUUUGGUGGAGGAGAAGAGCGCUUGCAUGACCGUCUAUGGUUGCAUUCAUAGAAGAAACUUCCAAUUCCUCUGUAACUGAAACAAAUCUUGGAUAGCAGUUUCUAAGACGGACCAUACAUGCAUUUGUAUUAUCAAUAGACUUUGUCCAUUUUUGUCAAUUCUAGGCCACCAAAUUUUACUACUUUUA